AUGGCACGCGGAAAACGAAAUACACGAGUUGCCCCAUCCAAGGCUCGAAAGAGCGUUGCCGGGAAAACACCGCGCAAAACACUCUCUAACACCCCAGCUAACGCAAUGGGGGUUUCUAAGAAGAACAAGAAGAAGCGGCGUUUCAAGGCUGGAACAAGGGCAUUGAUGGAAAUCCGCCGUUUGCAGCAAAGCUGGGAACCUCUAAUUAAAAGAACUCCCCUCGUCAGAAUUUUGAAAGAAGUCUUAAAGGACAUGGACAAAUCAGAUAUCCGCAUGCAGGCCGGAGCUGUAGGGGCAAUACAGGAAGCUGCUGAGGCCUACUUAGUCGCCUGGUUUACUGCGGUCAACUAUGCCUGCAUCCAUGCAGGACGUGUUACUAUACAACAGAAGGACUUCGCCGUUGUAGGCAACAUUACUGCUGCAGUUGGAUCAUGGGCCAAUCAUGUCGAGCACUAUGCAGUCACGAAGGGACGUAGUACUGGUAACUCGGUUGUAAAAAACCCAGAUUCCUAUACAUACUUUUUCCCGAGACACCAGGUCGAUGACGGCCCUCCAACGCAAGAGAGGGAAAAGAGUACAAAAAGCAAGGCAGCAGCAAACAAGCCUAAUGAUGGUAACAAAAGAGGUCCAAGGUUGACAGCCCUAGUUCGUGGGGUUAAAUGCAAGCGAAAGGACGCGCAAGAGGAAGAGGGUAAUGAGGAGGAGGGCAAUGAGGAGGAGGGUAAUGGGGAAGAGGGUAAUGGGGAAGAGGGUAAUGGGGAAGAGGGGGAAGAGGGGGAAGAGGGCAAUGAGUCGACGACUAUCCCAGAAGGAGAUGACUUUCAUACUCAGUCCUACGGUCUUCUCGGUGAACAGAGCCAACGCAAGGACGGCGGAGAUGAGGAAACCAACGGGGAGACCAGUCCCCAGGGGCUUACUAAGAAGGCAGGGAAGAAGAAGAUGUCUAAGCCUCCUCUGAGUUCUUUUAAGGCAUUGCAAAGCAAAACUAACCGGCAAGACAUCUCGUCAGACAGUGAGUCCGAUGAGUCCGAGUUAGAUUUUAACUGGGCAGCCCACUUUGAUGCCGAGAGGAAGGACGACAUCCUUUUUGUACCAGGCACGAGUACUCCAUGUCUCCCCUGCAGGGAGAUGCAGCCACACGAAGAUCACGAGUCCAUAUAUAAAUUCACAGUAGAGGGGGUGUGGUGCGUUGUUAACCCUCGAGCUGCUAGCUUGAUUGCUUGGAUGCUAGAUCUUAAAGGUGGAUCUGGAGCUUGCACAGAGUGCAAGGCCUGGGUAGCGAGCAAGAAGCCAGUGCUCCUAGAUCGGAAGAGCGCCUAUGAGCUUAUGAAGAUCCGCCUCUCUAACUUCUGUCGAUUCGCUUCUAAGCAGAGCCCGUGA